UGAAUAUAUUAYAUCAACUGAGUGCUACGUAGGCUCYCYYGUUUUCAUAGUUGCAAGAAGUAAAAACUAGACCUGGCCUUCUGGCCUAUCGUAACAUUYACUAAUGACAACUACCGGUGAUAUAAGAUUGAGAAAAAUGCUUUAUUUGUUUUAAUUGAAUACUGCAUUGUUUUUUAGACCCAUUAUUGAUAUCGAUACAACUGAUCAACUUUGUGACAACCAACAUUUUUCAAAACGAUUAAAAAAAAUCAGUUAUUGCUAAAUUAAAUAGGAAAAUAGCUGAAAAAAGCAAACUUUUUUAGGGAUAGCAAAGCGUGGAGAUUUUCUUAUAUAUAACUAUAUGGAUGGCGUGCUUUUGACUAUUUUUUCAAUUUCUUUGACGCAAUAGUUAAAUCUAUAUACACAAGGUAGAGCAAACAUACAGACAGUUAAUCGUUAUUUACCGAACGCACGUUUAGAGCACGGAUCGUUACCAGAUCAAACAAUACAGUUAACAGUAUACUAAAAAAGAUUCGUAAUUAUAAUUUGUUCCUAAAUUUAUAGAGUUUUUAUUUCCCGCCGAUCGUCAAAAAAACAAACAAACAAACAAACAAUACAUUAGACGGGGCUGGUCUCAAUACAGCCCAACUUGAAAAGGUUGUCCGAUCUAUAGAGACAUUUGCAAUGUUCCAAUUUGUGAAGUGUGUUGAUACAUAUUAAGUUUCUAUCACGGGGGUCAUUCUCCAAUGUUCAUAUAUAGAAUGUUAAAAAUGCCUUGUCAUUUCCMAACUAAAACAUAACUGACAAUUAUUUUAACAAGAUCUGCUGUAUUACUUAUAUACUUAUAUUUCAAAAAAGGUUUCCGAAUAAACUAGCGAAUGUCAAUUGUAGAACGGCGAUUGCACUACCAAAAGUAGCCAUGGGUCACUCAUUGAUGGAAAAUAAUAACUGAGUUAUACUGCAAGAUAACCUGAGUCUGUAACCUGAGUAUCAGGCAUUCGAUGGGGCCUCAGGUUUAAUAGAUAAUGUGUGGUGAACAUUGGUUUUAUUCAGUCGCCGUUUCCAUGGUAGUUGAACUCAACAAGUGAAAUUUUGUGUAACCAGUCCCUUUCGGUCGCUCAUUCUCCCUUCGACCAUCGCUGUUCUCCCCGACAACGUUUUUUGAAAUAGGUGUAUAUUUUUCYUUGAAAUUCUAAAUUCCCAACACUACUUUAUCAACAUUUCUAGUUCCGAACAGUUGGCACUUCUUCCUUUUUUAUUACUGCUAUCCCAGAUAAAGAACCGGAGAAAUGAUGUGAACAUACCGAGUCGUUUGUGAUGUUCAAGGCGAUAAUCUUUCAGAUAACGCUAAUUAACCUUAAUGAACUAUACAUUUCCUUUAUAACUAUUAAGAUUAAUGAAAUCUGCYCUCUCAUUAUUGAUCUUUUACUUAUCAACAUGUCCCUUUACGUAUUCCAAUUGAGUAAUUUUCAGCUUCAAGACUGAUUUCGCUUCAUGAUUAACCUCUUCAGUUGCUAGAGAUGUUGAUCCUUGAUAUCGAAAAGCACAGCAAUCUUUGAUCCCGCCGCCGGUCGACCAGACCCCUUACGAUCCAAAUUUCUAAUUUCAAGAUCUUUGGUCCCCAAAAGACGAUGUUGUUUUCCUUGUCUCGAAMGCUUAUCCCUGAUUCAAUUUACGCUACUACCCUGUGCUUUUUUCGGAUACCUUAAUUUGACUUGCCCCCUAGUUUGUUAUMGAUAAGGUAGAGAAAGCAACUGAUGACAGCUUGGAUGGAAGACCAUUAUUUGAAUAGAUCAUAUCUUUUUAUGCACUGUUCAGUACGAUUUUAAUUCUUAAUUGAAUCCUGAAAAUGUACCUUCACACUUAAUAAUUAUUGUUACAAAGCAAUAAUCCCAGUUUUCUUUGAUAUAAUACUACUAAAAAUAUCUUGGUAUAAAUGAUUACGAAUAAUCAAUUUUAUAUACAAUUCAUGUAUUUCCUUYCGGAUUGGUCCGGCCUUUCCAACAAUUAAGAUUCCAUCAACAUUUCCAGAAAUGAUAGCAAACAAUUAUCGAAAACAACAGAGCACUAUACCUUUUUUGUUCUAACAAGGUAGGACUGUACACGCUACAUUGCGGUUUAUCAGUGCGCAAUAAGUGUUGCCCCAGAAACAAGAAAUAGUUUUCAAAUAUUCGCUCUCUCUCAUGUCGCGAUUACACUUUACCCUAAAUUUGCAUAACUUUUAAACCACAAGCAAGCAAAUUCUGAAAAUAAGAAGCCAUGUUUAAUUCCGUGUAUUGCAAAAUAAGGUAAACGAUUGAAAUUUUAAUCGGGCAUUGUGUUGGAAUAUUCUACAGGAAAUGCACAGCUGGUUAGCAACAUCUAAGAAAUGAAUUUAGUAGACAUGUACACUGUGUACAUUUUGAAGUUGUAAAAUCUUGUGAUAUCACAUUCCUUUUAUGCUAGUAAACCUACAAACGGCUACAAGCMUUCGCACGUAGACCGAGCUUUAUGAAGCUUAUACUUGUGACUAUAACAUGAAGUGCGAAGUUUGCAAAGAAGUGCGGGAUGGGACACAGGCCCGUAGGCUGCCUUACAAAUGGUGGUGUUCGUGUUUUCAUAACGCAGGCCUAAAUUAAAUGUUUAAGGAAAUAAGUUCAGUGCACAGUAUAGUGUGUAAGAACUGGCUGCUGGUAUGAGCAGUUCAUAACAAUUUGCUAUGUCAAAAACAGUUCACAACAAAAGAAUAAAAAAAAAAAUAAAAAAAAGAGAAACACCGGACCUUUUAAGCUUGUGGGCAUGGGACUUAAUUGCAUAUAUGUGUUAUAGCUAAUGCCUAUUGCCKUUUUUUCAGAAUACAACAUAAAUCAUGAAAAUUGCUGUCUUCAUCAUUACUUUACUUUGUACCUUUGUGAACAAGACAACACAGCAAACUUCAAUAAUAGCCUCCCCAACAACCACCGUAAUAUCAGCACCAACAACAGUCUCUCCAAGCGACGCCACAGCAGCCCCAACAACAGCCUCUUCAAGCAACGUCACGGUUGCUCCACCACCAAGCAACGUCACAUCAGCACCAACAACAGCCCCCGCAAGCAACGCCACAACAGCAGCCCCAGCAACAACCCUACCAACAGCAGGUAACUUCACCACUCCUCCAGCAAGCAUUAACGUCUCAUCCUCUACAACUGCCARGCCAACGAGCAGUUAUGGGGUUGUUAUUCUACAAGCUGUCUUCAAGCUGACCGCUAAAACAUUUAAAUCAGGUUUUCUAAAUAAAAGCUCAAAUGAUUUCAAAUCACUGGACGGACAAAUUUCUCACGUGGUAAAGUUCAUUUGCUCGUGCACCAAUACACUCAAAUAUAAUCGGUUCUGGUAGGGUUCCCAUUCUWAUGAAAAAGUAAAAUUUCCUGAGUAAGCAACACGAGAGAAUGAAUGAAUGAACUCAUGUCAAAGCCCCGCAAAACUAUACUUGUGUGCUGUUAAGUUUGUCUUUAUGAUGUCUCAUAGAGAAAAAUUCUCUUUUCAGCUUAAGAAUAUUCUACAAAACCUAAUAAAGUCAGUUGCCGUGGAAGAGUUUAGACCAGGUAGUGUGCAAGUAACAGCCAAUAUUGAAGUGUACAAACAAGACGACAAUUCAGUGUCAAAAGUCGAAAACAUUGUGAAGGACAAAAUAAACUCAGGCUAUAUUGGCCCAUUGKCAGUGGAUAAAAAUGACUUCUCCAUCGGAUAUAAAGACGAUCCAAAAUGCAUGGCACCCACUGUCGAGAUCACGAACCUUGGUCCAGCUCCAUCUAAGUCCACCGMAAUAAAGAGGUCACAAGCUUAUAUCGUGCAGUCCGUGAUAAAACUAUUGUGCAACGACUCAAAGGCAGWCUUUAAAUGGAAAGUGUGGAAAUUGAAGGGAGACAGCGGUGGAAGAUACUCUGUCGUCGGUUCAGCAUUGACUGUAAAUGUCAAUGGAACAUCAGAAUGGACGAUGACGGAGCGUAGACUUGAAUUUGGUACACACAUGGUAAUGUUGGAGGUCAGGAUGACCAAAAAUAAUGUAACGGGCUCUGACAUAAAGUACCUCUCGAUUGUGCAGUCAAAAAUUGUUGCACAGAUCGUAGGAGGCUCUAAGGUCACGCGUGGAUCUCUUGGACCGGUCACCCUAGACGCAUCAGCUUCAAGGGAUCCCGAUCUACCAAYUGGGGAUUACACGGGAAUGACAUUCACAUGGUUGUGCAAGAAGAAAAGCGAACAAUUUCCGCCGGGUCCCUUACCCACUAUAAAAACCGAUCCACCAACCAGUAAUGGSGGAUGUUUUGACACUGGUAUCGGAAAAUUAAGCCAAACAGAUCGUAUAGUUAAGAUCAGUACAUCGCAAAUGCAAGUUGGAAAAUCGUAUACCAUUAAACUAGAGGUUACAUCAGGAGGUAGGAAGGAUUCAUUCGAGCAAGAAAUGGAAAUAGUCAAAGGAGAUCCGCCACAACUCUCAAUAACCUGUCUUAUUAACUGCGGACCUUUAAUAAAUCCUUCAUCCCGAUUAAAAGUUGUCUCCAAAUGCACCAAACCAGCGUUGACGUGCAAUCUUCCUCUUAAAUAUACCUGGAGCUUAACAAAGUCAAAAGGACCUUCUUCAUGGGAAACUGUUCCCAAUUUUUCMAACAUGUUAUCAACAACAAUUGACAAUCCUGAUGCUGUAAUCAAGGAGGAUAAACUUGUUCCUGGUGAAAGGUAUCAGCUAACAGUUACUGCCAGCAGUCCAAAAAUUAGUGAWGGUAUCUCUUCGUACAUAUUCGAAACGAAUAGAAAACCGCACGGUGGAACAUGUGAUGUGUCACCGACUACUGGUAUUGCUUUGAAGACAGACUUCACAAUAACUUGCAAGGACUGGAAAGACAAAAACCUUCCACUACAAUACGAGUUCUUCUACAAACCAGCUCCUGGCCUUUCAAGUGUCAUUUCAUAUGGACCAAAUCCAAGCGCCACUACCAAACUACCAGUUGGAACCGAAACCGGAAAUCAAAUAACCAUUUAUGUGYAUAUCAUCGACUCCCUGUUMGCUUUUGAGAAAUCUCCUAAUAAAGUUACGGUUAAACUCGACACUUCCUUGAACAAUGAAAAAGUCCUUAAAGAAACCCUCAACAAGUCUACAGAUGAAAUCGACAACUUGUUGAAGUCUGGUGAUGUCAAGCACGCCACACAGUUCGCCAAUGCCGCGUUGGAUACCAUGUUCGCUAUAGAAGAUAAAUUAGACACCGAAGAAAAAUCGAAGAUUAUCAACGAUAUUGUCAAUAAGGUUACUAAUGUUCAAGCRAACAACCUUCAAACCCUGACACAAGUCACCUCGGUCAUCGGUCGGGGGACAAGGAAUCCUAAAGAGGUUUCGUCUUCCCUGGAGGCUGAGGCGAUCAAAGCUUUAGGUGGAAUGACGACGCUUCUAGCUAGGAAAUCACAGGACACUAGUGCUUCUGAAGACGGUUUGAUAGACGCUGGCGGAGAAAAUCUUGCACUAUGUCUGGGAAACCUCAUGAGGUCAUCGUCUUCAAAAGCCCAAUUUUCCAACACUGACCAGAAAGACAGUAAGAAGAGCGUUGAAGUAACUGAAACAUCAACAGAACUCGUAAACACAAUUGGCGAGAGCCUUCUCAAACGCAAAGUAGUGGGUGAGAAGCCAAGUUUGGUCCAGACAUCGUCGCUAUCAUUGGUCUUGAGCAGACAAUCKCCUGAUAAGCUAAAAGGAACAAAGCUGGAAGAAGGUGGAAGCAGCUUCGAGUUGCCUUCGAAAGAAUCUCUGGGAAAUGAGGCCAAAAGCUCCAAGUUUGUAGAUAGUCAGGUCACAGUGACAAAAUUCAACCCAUUCACGUGGGACAAGUCUGCCGAUAACAUUAAAUCCAGCGUGACAAGCUURGUUUUAAGAAACGAUCAAAGCAAAGAAAUUAUUGUGAAAGAUCUCGUUAAGAACAUUGAUAUCACAAUUGUGCACCAAGUUCCUAAUGCAACAAAUACUCAACAAUCAUUUCUGAAGACAAACAGCAUUCGCAAUUACAAAUACAACAUUGAAUACCCUGGGAUGGCACUCCUUUUAACAGUAACACUAGAAAAGAAAUCAGAAACAGUUAAAAUACUGGUUCGUCGAGGAGAGAAGCCAACAUUAGAAAAUUCAGACUUUAGUUCAAGUAUUUCUGAUUUGCCUGCUUGCGGAACAGCGUUAYCUGAAGCUUGCAAGAAGAACGAAACUCAAGUCUUCAUAUCAGCAAAAGUGCUAAAAGAAAAAGGUAUAUAUUUUGUAGGGCUUUUAUGGGAUCCAUCCAAGUCCAAAUCACGCAAAAAGCGAUCUUGUUUCGGUCAUGGACGUCAGAAGCGAUCGUGCGUUGAGCCUAAAGAGGCCCCUAAACCUGAGAACAUCACAAUUAUACCGACUUACAAUCCAGAUGCUGACAUGAACUACACUCUAAGUACUCAGCAGUUUAACUGUUUGUAUUGGAACGGAAAGGAAUGGACUAGUAAGGGCUGUAAGGCUGGCGCAAAUUCUUCAACAACCAAACUCCAUUGUCUAUGCAACCAUUUGACAUUCUUUGGAGGCAGUUUACAGAUCGAACCCAACCCAAUCGACUUUGACAUAGCCUUCGAGAGACUUAAAACGCUUCGCGAUAACGUGGCGGUCUUGGCAACAAUCAUAGUUUUCUUWUUAGUUUAUCUUGUAAUUGCAAUCUUUGCGAGACGUGCCGACAGGCGGGACAUGAAAAAGUUUGGGCCCCCCAUAGCAGUAUCAUCGAGAGCUGGCGGCUUUCAGUACGAAGUCAUCAUCCAAACAGGUGUAUGGAGAAACAGUGGAACAACGUCCAACGUUGCCAUAGAAAUCAAUGGAAGUGACGCCACAAGUGAACAAAUUAUAUUAUCUCCCAAGAUGGACCAAUCACGUCUAAUGUUUGCAACCGGAAGUACAGAUACGUUCAUCAUCUCGUUACCAGUCUCUCUGGGUACGUUGGAGUAUCUGAACGUAAGACAUGACAAUACUGGGUCAAGCCCAUCAUGGUGGCUCAAGGAAGUUGUAAUAAAAGACAAACAAACUGACCAAACRUGGUUAUUUCUUUAUGAAGAUUGGUUGGCCUUAGAGAAAGGAGAUGGGAGAAUCAGCAAAUUCCUUCUUCCGCUAAGCAGUACAGAAAUGCGGUCUUUCAAUUACAAUUUCAAUAAUAGAACWACUAAGAAAUUUACUGAGGAUCAUCUUUGGCUCUCAGUAGUGACAAAACCGCCUUACAGUAACUACACACGAUUACAAAGAGCAACGUGUUGUCUGACAGUGCUGUUUUCAGCUAUGGUUGUAAAUGCCAUGUAUUACAGGACUACUACAGUCCCUGACCCACGGGUUCAAGUAGGACCUUUGAAGUUUAGCAUGAAUCAAGUUGUUAAAGGUAUCUUAAGUGGAUUGAUGGUGAUUCCUGUUGGCUUGGGGACUGURUUUCUAUUCAAAAACAGCCGCGCURCAAUUUAUGAACCAGGGAAGAAAGGACUUUUUGARAGGUUCACCGACUAUAUCGGWAAAUGCUGUAGACCAAAAAGAAACAAAAUAUCAGACUCGCAAGCAUGUUUAACUGAAAUUGACCACAGCAUUUCCUCAAGUGAACCUGUCAUUCAAAUAACUAACGAGGAGAACUCAAAUCAUGUUUAUGACAGCGAACAGGUUUCCACUACACCACAACUAAAUCGGCCCAGCUUGACGAGUCGGUUGACAAAGGAAACACUUUUGUCCACGGAUUCGCCUUGUCAAAGUGAAGACAGCGAGCGCUCUUUGUUACAAGAACACGAUGGAGUUAGCACAGUUAAUGACAGUAGGUCAACUUUAGGGAGCGAGCAAUACAAAGCAAAGGACACAAAUAGCAAAAAAUCCAAGUUCUCGUGGGUAGAAUCCAUCAGAGAAAUACUGACCGAGAACUUUUCAGCAAAGGACGACGAUGACGGUUUCUCGUUACCGCACGCAUGCGUAUAUGUGUCAUGGAUAAUCUGCAUUGUCACCGUACUCGUCUCUGCUUCUUUUAUAUUUAUAUACAGUCUUGUGUGGGGGAAAGAAAUUUCAAAUCAAUGGCUCUCAUCUAUACUUAUAUCUUUCUGUGAAGACCUGUUUGUCAUACAGCCAGUCAAGAUAUUUCUUGUAGCUGUUUUGCUGUCGUGUAUUAUACGUAAGAAGGGUGGCGUCGAAGAGCUCAGCAAAGUAAAAUCGCCCAGAAAUUCAAUAAAGGUGACCAACAUUAGCGAUAAAACAUCUUCAAGUAAGCUUCAAAUGAAUACCAUUGAUGACAACGAGCUAGAGAAGGCGAGAGAUUACCAAAGGAAAGAGGAUGCUAUGUUUUCCUUCGUCAGAGAGCUUAUAUUAUAUGGAGUGUUUUUGGUUUUGCUGACAAUCGUUUGCUAUGGCAACCGUAGUUACCUAGGAUACACACAAACAAAAGCGAUAAGGAACGACUUUAGUAACUUUUCAAAGAUCAGCACUGGAGAAAAGUACUGGAAAUGGAUCGAAUCUCAGUUUUCUGAGAGUGCAUUCGCGGGAAACUGGUACAACGGACAAAGCGAGCCCAUUGAAGCUUACAUCGGUAACAAACGGUCUCUUCUCGUUGGCAUGCCACGAAUAAGACAGCUCAGAAUUAAACCAGAAAGCUGCGUCGUACCGAAGAAAGUUCGUAAAAUCUUUACUCAUUGUUACGCUGAAUACUCUAUGUCCGACGAAGACGAGUCGACUCCAUAUCUCCCUGGUUGGAAGCCUUUUACAGGUAAUAAAAUGGACUGGGCCAACAUAUCAAAGCUUUGUCCUAAACCAUGGCGUUACAGCACAGCAAAAGAAAUUUACUUCGUGCCAACAUGGGGUUACCACCACUUGUACGGUGGAGGUGGCUACGUGGCUGACUUAGGCUACAAGAACUCCACCAGAAGCUUUGUCACCUCUCCUCUACGUAAAAACGGCUGGUUUGAUCCUAGAACAAGAGCAUUGAUUCUAGAAUUCGCCAUUUUCAAUCCAAGCACAAACCAGAUCAGCUCUGUUGCUUUUUAUUACGAGGUACUCCCAACCUUAUUUGGUGAUCCCUUUACAAGGAUUGAGACAAUGACCAUAUAUGGAAGUGCGACUGGGUCACAUGACUUCUUCCUUAUUUGCAAGCUAUUGUUCAUCUUCUUUGUGCUUUUCUACCUCGCGCGGGAAGCAUUCAAAGUGUACAAAGUUAGAAAGAUCUACUUUAAAAACUUUUGGAACUGGUUUGAGAUUUUUCAAAUCAUAUUGGUUGUGGCUGUGGUGGUAUGUUAUCUUGUCAAAGAAAGCAUGAUUUUGGAAGCAGUUCAAAAACUCCAAGCGAACCCGUUCAUCACGGUGAACUUUCAACCCGCCAUUAUGUGGAAGUAUGCUGAAGAUGUUACACUGUCAAUGGCGGUUUUCAUAGCCACUGUCAAGAUUCUCCGCAUGUUGCGUUUUAAUCCCCAUAUUAUUAUCUUCAAUUCAUCCCUAAGAAGAUGUAGGGCAACUUUGUUAAGCUUUUCGGUGUUAUUAUUCGUUAUAAUGUUCGGGUUCGCGCUACUUGGACAUCUGGCACUAGGAUCAACAAUGCCACAAUAUCGGACACUUAAGCAUUCACUGUACACUCAAAUUCUCGUAUCCCUUGGCCAACAUAUGAGUACUACAGAAUUGAGGGACGCGAGUUUCUUUCUUGGAAAUGCGAUGGACAUGAUUUACAAGAUGUUAAUGGCGUUUUAUUUCGUUAACUUUUAUAUUGCGGUUAUUAACGAUUCGUAUGAAGAAACUAAAUCAGAUACAGACUAUAAUGCCAAGCAAUUCGAAAUGUCUGAAUUCAUCAUUGAACGUCUGGUGGAUAUGUUCUUCAAAAGCUUUCGAAAAGUAAAGAAUGAAAGUGUUAUUGAAUUAAGUACAGUUCCUCAGCACGUAUCGUCGGUGAGGUUAGAGGACGAAAAUCUUGGAAAAGACAAUGGAAAAGAUGGAAAUGGCAAUGGAAAAGACAUUGGAAAAGAAAAUGGCGAAGAACGUCCAGCUGUCACAUCUUCUCAACAAGAUGAAGAUGUUGAAGCUAUGAUCAAWGAAAUUGAAAGAAACUCCACAGAGYGUGGGAAUUUUUCGAAAGUUGAGACAAUUUCAGAAGCGACAGAUAAUCCUCCAUCCACUUCAAAGAGCGUCGAAAGUAGUAAACAAAUAACUUUACCAGCAAUUAUAGAAACAGUAGAUCAAGUCGGAAACGUUGAAGACGAACCACUUCAAGACGUUGGAAAGGUGGGAGGCGAAGACGAGAAACCGAAGCGAAAGAAAAAUACAUCGAAAUCAAAACAGCCAUGUUUUGCUAAAAAACCCACCAGCACCAAAGCAGAGCAACAAGAAGAUCACGAUAAAUACUUUGAGAUGUUUACAAAAAAAGGAGACGAAAUCUGUCAAAGGACAAUGUUUUUAGCAAAUGAAGACAAAAAGGAAGAAAAUGAAUUCUUGCAAUGUAUUUCUCAUAUUUGGUUUGACUUGCUGUCCAAACAGCGAACUCAACCACCUUCAACUUCUGGAAUUGAAAACCAAGGUUAUGAAAGCGAGGAGAGUCCAGRAGAAGAAGAAUACGAGACAUUUGAAAGUGAAGRAAGCGAAGAAGAAGAAGACACAUUUUGGGAAUCAAUCGAACAWGUACUCAAAGAAAUARCUAUAUCGAAAACCUUACGAGUUCCUGAACAUUUAAGAUUUAAAUACAACAAACUUUUGAAUGAUCAUAAUAAAUUCUAAACGAGCAUUGAAAGUCUCAUGCAGUUAUAUAGUUCUUUAUCUUAUGUGGACCAAAGUGCUUGAACAUAGCAUUAAAAUGUUAAUUAUAAAAGUUUAUUAAACACUAUGCUUUGUACAUAUCACAAAAAAUAAUAAUACAUAGAUAAUAGAUAUUUUUAUAGAUAAAUAUACUAUUUAUAGUACAAUUUUUUUGGAAACUUUUAUAUAAAUAGAAUUGAAACAAYACUUCAAGUCUCAUUUAUCGAAAAUGUCAAUUACCCACCAAACGUGAUGUCAUACAUUGCUUGUCCGCGCACGUUUUCUUUCUAGAUACCGCUGUUUUGCRKCCUCUAUGCUGCCUUCAGAAUUCCUUUUUGAGAGCGAUAAAGAAGUCUUGCUUUCUGUGAAAAAUAAAAUAAUAUAUAUCCAUUACACGUCAUUCUACAAGAGCUUUGGUAUAUGUGGAUUGUGCUACCUUGCUCAUUGUCAUGACCAACGCCUUGUGUCACACAAUCAUUCACCGCAGAAGAUGACUCGCUGACUAUUUUCUCACGGUCGUC